GUAAAUAUAAUGGCUAAUAACAAUUAAAUACCAUUUUACUGCAUUAUAUUAAACCCAGUUUUAUGAAUUCCACUUUAUUAAUCCCCAUGUUUAUUCUUCUUAAUAUUUUUCAAUUGUUGUUUUUAAAAGCAUUUUGGAUUAAUUUGUUUCAUGACAAAACAUACAUUAAUUAAUGUUAACUAAUUAAACCUUAUUAUAAUGUAUUACCAAGUUAUUCUUCAUUAUCAGUAGAGAGCUGCCCUUCUUAUCUCUCUUCAUGUUACCUGAAGUACUGAAGAUGUCCAGUUUUUAAUUUCAGAACUCUACAAACAUGCAUUUUCACUUUGGUGCAUCUUUCUGCUGACUUUCUGAUUUAUUAAGCAUUAUUAUUAAUUCAAUUUAUUUAUUUUUAUUUAUUUAUUUAUUUGUGUGGCUUCAUCUUCCCAACAAAGUUUGAUUUACAGCUAAUCAAACUCUAUUUGUCUUGUUUUGUCUGUUUUUAGGGGCACACAAUUCAACCUAAGGUAUCUGAAGUGAUGCAAAAUUUUAAAUAAAAAGCUGUCCUCAUAAUGGAGUAAUUAAAAGACUAUUAUGUAUUUGAUUAUUAUGUAUGUGAUAAAAGUAAUUAUGCAGAGCAGACACAGUGCAUUUUGUGUGAUAUUUAACUGUAACUUUUGCAUGUAUAUUUUGAACAUUAUCUGUAACGUUUAACACUGACCAGUUUAGUCUUUGUUGAACUGGGUUGGAAUGGGCUGAUUAUAUUUAACACUAUCUAACAUCUAUUUAACCAAGAGAUUCAUUUCCUCCAAAGUGCAUUAUAUGAAUACUUGUGUAUGUGUGUAUUUAUUGCAUUAUAGACGGUGUCAUUGCGAGCUGCAAUAUUGAUGUUGUCUCUCUUGUGAACACCGAUGUGUCUUGCAGUACAAUAUAGCCAUAAAUAUAUAAUAUAUAAAUAUAUAAUCACUUUGCACUCACUUUUCCAGAAUACAAUUUAUUUUCAAACUGAAUUUUUGCAUACAAAAGGCUGGAGCCUUUUGUAUUGAAAAAUUCAGUUUGAAAAUAAAUUGUAUUCUGGAUGUUGUUAAUCUUUGCACUGAGGGUGUGAAUAAGUUACACAUUUGAUGUAUACUUCAAACUAAGAUGAGUUGCAUUGGUUUUGCUGAUUUUUAUGAAAUAUAAACUGAAUUUGUUUUUGAGAUUAGCUGUUCCUAGAACAGAGUUUAGUCUUUAAAGUGGCUUAAAACCCACUUUUCAGCACAGAAUAUUAUAUAGCUGUAAUUUAAUACCUGUAUAGAGUUAUUUGUAUAGCAGCAGUGAGUCGAGUCAUUUGUGUUCUGUAACAAUAGACUUAAAUUUAAGCAAAAUGUACACCUCCUAAAAAUUCUAAUAUGACCCAUUUCCAAAGUUAGAAAGUGAAGAACCUGCUUAAGGGUAGCAUUAGAGGUGAAUGACUUCAAGCAUGCCAUAGCUUCACUAAUGCACUACAGAAAAAAAAAAAAAAAAACACCAAGUAAGGAGUUAUGUUUUCAGUCAUCCGGUUUAAUUAAUUGAUAAUACUUUUGAGAUAAGGCAAUAAGAUUAUUCUUGCCUCAAAACUUGUCUCGACCAAAGCUAAAUUUAUUUGAUAUUUUUUCAACAUUUAAUUAAAUAACCAUUUUCUAUCUUAAUACUUUUUCAAAUGUAAUUUUAUUAAUGUGAUGCAAAAGUUGAAUUUACUCCAGUCUUCAGUGUCACAUUGAUCUUUCAGAAAUCGCUCUAAUAUGCUAAUUUCGCAAUAUUUGAAAUGGAAAUCUGUGCUGUUUGUUAAUUGCUAUUUAUGUGUGUCUUUACUGUCACUUUAGUUAUAUAUAAUGCAUUCUUGAGUGUCAUUUUUAAAAAUAAAAAUCUUACUGUCCUCAAACUUUUGAAAAUUGGUGUAUUUUCUACAGCAUUUAUUUAUUUAUUUUUAAACGCUUAUUCUUUGUUUACAUGAAUGUUAACAGAUACAGCUUGCUUUUAAAAUGUACUUGUUGAAAUUAAUGUGUAAUAAUGCUGUAGAUGUAUCGUUCAUUGUUAGAUCAGGUUUAUCAGAGUUAGUAAACUUUUGAAGUGUUACCGAUUUCUAUAACGGGAAAAAUCAGAACUACUCCAAAGAUAAAUGUUGUGGGAAGAAAGAUGCCACUUUUUCAGCACUACAAUUUUUUGCUUUGCUCUCCUUUGAUUUCCUUCCUUUUGAUUUCUCGCCGUGAUCCUUUUUCAUGCUCAGAUUUCCCGAAACCUGUGAAAGCAUCUUGCUGUGUCACUGUCGGUCGGACAGGUGAUGCUGGAGUUUCCUGAUGACCUGUUACACCUCACACUUGCACCACAACAAUCUGGAAUGGCAAAAAAAAAAAAUCUCAGAUUUCAUCACGUACUGGAAGUCAUGUGGUAUUCAUUCUAUCACUUUGACACUUUGGCAUCCCCAGAAGCAGUCUGCCACAAUGAGGUUUCUAAUCUCACUGUGUGCGUCACAACUCCUGUUGAUUAACGUUGCAUUUGGCAAUGAUCCUUGUUACAACUAUGAAUCUCUGGAUCGUCCCUGGAGAGCCACAGAGGAAACUGGACUUUACGUUUGUGAUGAAUAUUUCUCCUGGAACGGCUGGUACAGACUUUUCUAUAAUGGAAUGGACAUCCGGAUGCCAGAGCACUGUGUGAACGCAGGCAGCUGUAACACAGAUUACAGUCUGUGGCUCAAUGGUUCUCACCCUCAGAUAGAGGAUGGAGAGGUGAUCAUGGAGGUCUGUGCAAGCACAUUGUAUGACUGCUGCUCUUUGGAAUCAACACCCAUCAGAGUCAAAGCUUGCCCGGGCGAUUACUAUGUCUAUGAACUUGUCAAUCAACAGUAUGAGUGUUCAGGAUACUGCACAGACAUCAGCACAAUAUCCCUGACAACUUCCACUUCAAGUCCAUCUACGAUUAGUGGAUCCAGCCUUUCCAUGUCUGCCAUCGACAUAGAUUAUGACCCAUGCUUCAACUACAACAUUCUUGAUGAUUACUGGAGAAGCACACUCAAUUACUGGUAUCAAUCUGGAUAUAUGUCUGGACAUGAUGACACGCGUGUUGAAUGGCAUGGCUGGUAUCGACUCUUCAUUAAUGGUUCGAGUGCACAGAUGCCUGAGUGGUGUUUCAGUCAUAUGUCAUGUGGAGGUUUUAGUUCUCUGUGGCUUGGUGACCCUCAUCCUCAGCCAGAAGAUGGAGUUGUUACUCGUGAAGUCUACAGCUCUGUUAAUGACCAGUGCAGUUACUACAGAUCUGACCCAAUCCAAGUCAAAGCCUGUCAAGGAAAUUAUUAUGUCUACAAACUUAAAAGUCCAAAGCCAUCGAUCCCAUUGCCUGUAUAUUGUGCAGUUCCAUUCAACACUCCAAAUACUGAUCCCUGCUACGACUACACCAAUGUCAACGAUCCUUGGCGAGCCACUGACUAUAAUUAUAUCACUAAUAUAUGUGAUUAUAAUGUCAACUGGAACGGCUGGUACAGGCUCUUCUACAAUGGUCAGAGUGUCCAGAUGCCAGAUUCAUGUGUUGGUUCUGGCAUGUGUGGCACAGACAAACCACUUUGGCUUGAUGGCCCUCACCCACAGCUGGAAGAUGGAGUUAUUACUCGACAAGUGUGCAUUUCCACAUUGAAUGACUGCUGUGAUUACAAAUCGCAUCCAAUACGAGUCAAAGCUUGUCCUGGAGACUAUUACGUGUAUGAGUUUGUCAGGCCACAAUUGUGUUCAUCUUACUGUGCAGAUGUCUCAAGCCUCAGCAGCUCAACAUCUACAACACCACCUACAACAACAGUUGCAGUUAUACUCCCAGAAUCCAUUACUCUGCCUGUCACAGACACAGCCCUCCACUUUGACCCCUGCAAUAGCUACACUGCGCUGGAUGAGCCAUGGAGAGCCACAGACAAUCGAUAUACCUUCAAUUUAAUGUGUGACGCUUAUGUCAGCUGGGUGGGCUGGUAUCGUCUCUUCAUUUAUGGCCAGAGCGUUCAGAUGCCAGACACAUGUGUUGAUCGGCUAAGCUGUGGCACUCACGCCCCACUUUGGCUAAACGGUCCACACCCACGAAUCGAUGAUGGAGUGGUGACCCGAGAUGUCUGCGGUCACUGGUGGAAUAACUGCUGUGGUUUCCGGUCAAAUCCCAUUAGAGUAAAAGCCUGCCCAGGCAAUUACUACGUCUAUGAGUUUGUUAGACCAAAUUUCUGUUAUGGGACCUACUGUGCAGAUGUUAGGAACAAUAGCAUCAGCAUUCCUACUUUCACUCCAGAGACAACUUUGGCUGAGGCUUUCCGCACUGACCCCUGCUACAACUACAGAGUCCUGGAU